AUUUAUUGACGACACACAAAAUUUAUUUAUAAUUUUCUAAUAUAGAAAUUAUUUUCUCUUUUAAUAUUUCCCCAUUCAAGUUUGUUGGAUCCGAUCCACGGUCUGGCAUUUGAUUUUAAGCUUGCUCUGCUCAUAGUGAAAAGGUUCAUGAUCUAAGAACGGUUAUAAUUUUGAAUGCAUAUAUGAAUACAUAUCUGAAGUAAUUGUGGAAUUUUUCCGACUUGAAUAUAUUAAAUAAUAUCUAUCCGAAUGUUGGAUUAUGAUCUUCAAGAGAUAAUUGAAUAUUUAUUUUUUUCUCAAAUAUUCGUAUAUCCAUUCGUAUAUAGGCGGAUACAAUCUUCAGCUGAAUAUAUAUCCCCACUCAUCUGUGUCUUUGUUGAAAUUUUCCCGACUCAAAUAUUCUCCGGCGGAUUCAGUAGAUAUCUGAACUCAUCUAUAUCUUUGUGGAAUUAUUGUUGACUUAAGCAUAUUAAAUAAUAUCCAUUCAAAUGACAGAAAUAAUCUUCAGUUAAUCAUCUUAUAUACAUCUGAACUCAUCUGUAUCUUUGUGGAACUACACCCGUCUUAAGUAUAUUGAAUAAUAUCCAUCCAAAGGAUAAAUUAUCUGCAGCUGAACCCAACUGUAUAUUUGUGGAGUUCUUCCCGACUUUCUCUAUCCGUGGUAAUUGAAUCUUUGAAUAUCUAGAUGCCAAAAGUAAUGGGCACCAUUAUGAGCAUAUUGAACCACCCUAUCGAUGGCUGUCGUGAUAAGCCCAGAAAGGGGGUAAAGCGCCAGCAUGAACCGGGCGACGCAAUUGAGCGCGAGUUCGCACCGCCUCGCCAGAUCCGUCGCAUCGGGGACGCAACCAACGAGCCAGAUAAUGCUGAAACCGUAAUUGAAGAACAGAAUGAAACCGUUAACACCAAUGCUGAGCAGGGCAGUGACGACGUGGACAAGGGUGAAACAACUGCAGAUGCUGAUGUGGAGAUGGAGGCUGCACCAGAGCCACAACCACAACCACAAGCACAACCGCCACCAGAACCAGAGCCAGAACCAGAACCAGAGCCAAAGCCGGAACCGGAGCCGGAGCGAGCACUAGAACCAGAUGUGGAACAAGCCGUGGAGACAGCUGCAGAGGAGCAGGCACCAGCAGGAGCUGGCGCAGAAGUUGCCGCAGAAGUUGCCGGAUCCGGUGCUCCGGCCACUACAGCUACUGAGACCGUCGCGGCUGUAAAGCCUCAAGGUGCCUUAUGGUGGCGCAAUAUCAAGGGCAUUGUGAAGCGAUCCAAGAAAGGUGCUCCGGAGACUGUAGGCGUCGAGCCGGUAGAGGCUGCCAAGAUGCUCAAAAAGAAGGCCAAGGCCGAUGCUAAAGCUAAGCCGAAGCGUCUGGCACGCAAGCGUCCAAAGGCUAAUGAGCGUAAGCAGGGGAAGAAGGGACCUGAUGCAGAGGCCACUGGCGAUCAAGCUAAUACAACCAAUGAUGCCAAAAUGAAGGCCAUCAAGAAACCAAAGCAGAAGAAGCCAAAGGCCAAGAGAUCCAAGCCAGCCUUGCUUGUUGGUCGCAACAAGGCCAAGUUUGUCCCGGCUCCCAAGCGUCGUUACGCGAAGAAGACUAAUAAGAAGCCCCUCCCUCGGGCCAAGCGUUCCAUUCAGCCCAUUGGAAAGCCGAAAUCCAAGCAAACGAAGCAAAUCAAGCAAAUCAAGCAAAACAAACAAAAGAAAAGAACUUAAGCCCAGAGACCGCGUACUGCCUUAUCGAUGUCUAUUCCAAAUUUUAAUUGAGUUUCCUUUCUUUCACUUGCAUUCUAAAUUAAAUAUUUAAUUGUUUUUUAGUUAAAUAAAGUAGAAAUGGUCUCGGCGUAUUAAAAAAAAAACUAA